GGCUGGAACAUGCCGCUCCACUCCGGGUUUUCCUCGGUGCCGUCGGGCUACUCACAGCCUCUAGCUGGUUUUGACUAAACUCUUGUCCUGAUAUCGCUCCGCUGGCAUGGAGGAGGAUAGGUCUUGAUUAUUGUGAUGGUGGCAGCGAACAGCUACUAGCGACCAGCCGAGAGAUCACGGACACCGCGGUGUCUUGAGGAUUUCGCUGUGCACCAGUUCACGGGACCCGGAUCCCCAUCACGACAACUCUUCUUCACGUUCGGCUCAGGGAUUUUUUUACCGACCUAACCAAUGAAAUGCAGCAAGUUCACGGAGCAACUCCGGAGCCCCUUCGGUUCAAACAGCAAAACUUUUUCACAAAGGACAACAUAAUAAAACAACGGCGAGCUCGAGGCAGCGUCGGUCUGUUAUGUGUGUGAGUGGAGUUCGGGGGUAGUGAUGAUCGCCUGUAGCUUAAUAUCCGGUUGUUUCCUAUGGAGUUAUUACCUUUACUAAUAGUCUGGCCGCGGUUGUUGUGUUGAUUUACGGAGCAGCUAGCUCGGUCUUGAAGCCUUCGUGCUGGGCUAUGGGAUAUUGUGAUCGGUGUUUUUCAUGAACGGGACAAGGUGAUAUUUGAAAACAGUGUUGAAUGGUGGAGACACCGCGUCCUGUCCCGAAGGAGGGAACAGCAAUCAACACCGAUCACCGUUUGUUUACUGUCCUUACGGUCAUUUGAAUCACCCGGUCCGUCUUGUUCGUCAUUUAGCCUAACUACCAUCUCCCAUCUCCCAGUAACAUUUAGUCUAGAAGACGAAGAGACUACUUUGAGGCUUGAGGGGAAGAAAAACUUAGUCCAAAAUACUAGCAUUUCGGGUGAAUGAUGGGGGACUUUGCAACCCCCGCUGCCGCGAACGGCAGUAACAUUUGCAUCAACAACAAUGCCAUGAACCCGGGUGGAAACCCCAACAACGUGGGCAUCCCCAAACACAGCACGGUAGUGGAGAGGCUACGGCAGAGGAUAGAGGGGUGCAGGCGGCACCACGUCAACUGUGAGAACCGUUACCAGCAAGCCCACGCCGAGCAGCUGGAGAUUGAACGGAGGGAGACGGUGAGUCUGUACCAGCGGAGCUUGGAGCAGAGGGCCAAGAAAUGUGCCAACAGCAAGCAUCAGAGUAAACAGCAAGACCCCGAGUCGGCGUCUUCCACGGAGCAGAGGAACAACACACUUAUAGCGCUCCAGGAGACAGUGAAGAGGAAACUGGACAGCGCACGCUCGCCCCUCAAUGGUGACCAGAAUGGGAUCUGCGACGGGAGCUAUUCCCCGACCACCAAAAGAUUACGAAAAGACGGAUCAGGAUUGGGCGGACUGGACUCUCUCACGGGCCUCCCCAACAACGUCCCCCCCAUUUCCCCGCUCCACCAGAUGGACAUCAAACCUUUACUAGGAGUCGCUGGGAACGCCAACAACCCUAGCGUAAACAACAACAACGUCAAUGUCAACAACUGUAACUCCGGUCCCGGCAGCAAUGGUAGCCAUGGCAACCACGCUGGCAGCGGCUUGGGCUCAGGUCGCCCGGGUGAUGUCAAGCUCAACGGCGAUCUCCCCAACAUCAAGCUCAACGGUUCCUUAGACCUCGAGGACGGCUUCGGACUCCUCAAAGACCUCAAACAGGAGCCGCUCGACGACGGGGGAGGGAUUGAGUCGUCGGAUACGUCCUUGUCCAAUCAGAACAAGCUGUUUUCGGACAUCAACCUGAAUGACCAGGAGUGGCAGGAGCUGAUUGAUGAGCUGGCCAAUACGGUGCCGGAGGACGACAUGCAGGACCUCUUCAAUGAAGACUUUGAGGAGAAGAAGGAGGCAGAGUUUACCAGGCCGGCCAAUCAGACCCCGGUACCGCAGGACCCGCCUCCUAUGGGCACAGUGGCUCAUCAACCGACGAACCAAGCGCAGGGGGCGUCACAAGUCCCCAUGGGUUCCCCACAGGUCCGGCCGUCAUCUUCGGGCCCUCAGUUUGCCACCGCCGCCAACGGAACACCGCCCCAGCAGCCUUUGCAGCAGUCCCCACAGGUCGCCAUGGCCUCAGGCUCCCCUCUCCCCAACUGUGUGGCCCGGUCGCCACAGACACCCACCCAGGCCCAGACGCAGUCCGGACCCAGACCAGGGAACGGAUUUAUGAUGAACACAGGCCAAGGUGUGGGCCAGGCAGGUACAGGAUCUAAUGGCCCUGGAGUCCCCACCGGGCCUGGCCCGGUGACCUCUGACCUGUCGCCUGCUGAGCAACUCAAAGCGAUGGCGGCACAGCAGCGCGCUAAGCUAAUGCAGCAGCAGAAACAACAGCAGCAGCAGCAGCAGCAGGCUAACUGGUCCCCUGCCGGCGCUCCAACCAGCCCCUACGCCUCUGGUCCUUUCAACCAACAGGACAAGCCCAACAGCCCAAUGAUGUACCCACCUCAAGCCUUCAACCCUGGCCCACAGGGCCCCCUGGUGGCUGGGAUGACCUCAAGCAACGGCCCCAAAGCUCCCAUGAACAACUACCUCCCUCAGAACCCCCACAACCACAUGGGCAUGAUAAGUCAACAACAACAGACAAACAACAUGGGCGCCCAACAGAACACCCUCUCUAAACAACAACAACAGCAACUACAACAGCAGCACACGGCAGCCAUGUUGUCCUACAACAACACCAAGCCGCUGAGUCACUUCAGCACCAUGGGGGUCGAUCACAUGGGGCAGAGGAUGACCCCGCCCAUGGGGUCACAGGUCAAGAACCCCAUGAUGCCCCCAUACAUGCAGCAGGGAGGGGUACAGGGGGCGGGGCCGGGUCAGACCCAGGGACCAAUCCCGGGCCAGACGGCUCACCUCAGCGAGGAGCAGAAGAGGAUGCUGCUGAUGAAGCAGAAGGUGCUGAACCAGAGCAUGCCCUACAGCGCCAUGCAGCCCCACGGACAGGAACAAGGUGUGGUGGGAAUGUCUCGGCAGCCCGGUGCCGUCCCUCCCCCUCACCCUGCCGGGGGUGUGGCCUCGGGCACGGGGCCCAAUCAGGGCGCAGGGGCCCCUCCCGGUUACCUGGGCAACCAGCAGCAGGCGGCCAUGAUGAAACAGAUGAUGGUGAUGGAGCAGGAGAAGAGAGUUCAGCUCCACAUGAUGGAACAACAGAAACAACAGCUACUGAGAGAACAGAGACAGCAGCAACAACAGCUAUUACUGGCUGAACAGCUCCAGCAGCAGCAGCAGCAGCAUCUCCCCAGACAGAUGGUCCAGGGUCAGAGAAACCCCUAUCCACAGGUCAACCAGUAUCAAGGAACGCCCCAGGAGAUGGCGGUGAGGAGCCAGGCUCUCCAGAACAUCCGCGCCACCCGCCUCCUCCAACAACAACAACAACAACAGAACCAGCAGAUGGUCCAGAUGAACCAGGGCAUCCCAGGGGGCUCGGUGGGUCCACAACCCGACAUGGGCCUCCCCUACGGCGGGCAGGGAGCCGGCCAGCAGUCCCUCUACAGCCUCAACCCCUCCAUGAGCCAAAUGAUGCAGCAGCAGCACCAACAGAACCAAAGCGUCCAGGCCUCCAUGGGUCUUCCACCAGGACACAACCCAGCGGCGCAGGCCCAGAGGCAGGCAGGAGGAGGGGUUGGAGGUGGAGGAGGAUACGGAGGACCACAGGGGAUGAUGAUGAACUCAAUGUCCCAGCAGCCCCUCAAGGGCCCGCCCAAAGCCCAGGCCCAGAGGUUGCAGGGCAUGCUGGGAAUUGGAGGAGGAGGACCACAGGGAGGGAUGGGAGGGUGGCCACCCCAGCAGGGGCAGUCCCUCCAGGGGAUGGGAGGGCCAGGAGGGGUAGGAGGACCAGGCAGGACUACAGGUGAUAUGGUGGGCUUUGGCUCGGCCCAGGGGGGCUACGGCUCCAUGCAGCCUGGACCGGGACAACAGCCUCCACACCCACGCCUGGCCAAGCAACACUUCCCUGGGCACCCACAGGGACACCCCCACCCCCAGGCUAUGGGUCAGGGCCAGCCCAUGGACCCCAGGGCUAUGAACCCUGCGGCGGGCAUGGCCGGGCCCAUGAUUGCCCCUCACAUGGCUGGACCAGGACAGCCCAGGACCAACCAGCCCAGACCCAUGGUAAUGCCGGGACAGGGGGUGAUGGGCCAGGGCGUGCCCAACAUGGGGGCGUUUGGACAGGGGCCGGCGAUGGGGGUGGGCCCUGGAGGUGGGGGUGGAGGAGGGUAUGUGGGACAAGGAGGGGUAGGGGUCGGAGGUCAGCCUCAGGGCUACCAGAGGACGUCUAGUCAGGACCUGUCAUCUUAUGGAUACGGGGCGGGCAGGUGGCGCCCGUCGGGCGGGGGGGUUCGGAUUGGCCGACGGGACAGGGGCGGACUUGGACUCAAGUCUGACGACGGAGGUGGCCUGUCGUUCCUCAACUCCAGGUCUGACGACGGAGGUGGCCUGUCGUUCCUCAACUCCAGGUCUGACGACGGAGGUGGCCUGUCGUUCCUCAACUCCAGUUCUGACGACGGAGGGGGCCUGUGGUUCCUCAACUCCAGGUCUGACGACGGAGGUGGCCUGUCGUUCCUCAACUCCAGGUCUGACGACGGAGGUGGCCUGUCGUUCCUCAACUCCAGUUCUGACGACGGAGGUGGCCUGUGGUUCGCUGCUCAAUGUGCUGUCUACAGUCUCUUGCGAUGUUACCCACACAAGCAGUACAGAAACGGACUCAAGUUCUGCAAGCAGAUCCUGUCCAACCCCAAGUUCACAGAACAUGGAGACAAGAUGGACUAUGAGUACAGUGAGCUGCUGCUGUACCAGAACCAGGUGCUGAGGGAGGCUGGACUCUAUAGGGAGGCUCUGGACAACCUCACCACCUACGAGGAACAGAUCUGUGACAAACUGGCCGUCGAGGAGACACGAGCUACUGAGGUCUACCGCCGUCUACAGGAGAGAAACCCUGAGAACUGGUCCUACUACCACAGCCUGGAGAAGGCCCUGAAGCCUGGUACGCUACAUAUACCCUACAUAACACUGUUGUAA